AAAUCCUACGAUUCUAAGAUGAAAUAUAUUUUAAUCCUUGCUUGUCUGGUUGUCUAUGUGGUCCAAUCUGAGGCCCAGAGCGUAUCCUCUUGCCGGGGAUAUGUUGCAGCUGUUAAUCAAACUUGUGUUGGCGGUUUGAAUGAAGGACAUAAUCAGUGGCGUCAUUGCUCUGCAAAUUCCAAUAGAAAUAUGUGGUACUACGAUACGGCAAGUCGUCGUUGUUGGCAGAUGGCCUAUAAAGGAUGUGGAGGCAACCAUAAUCGCUACUGCACUCGGGACGAUUGUCGCUGGCAGUGCAGGCGUUCAAUUUAAAAUCCAAUAUAAUAAAUAAAACAUCAAUAAAACAUUAAUUAAUUUAA